UACAAACAGUUUAGACGCACUCUAUUUCCCAAAAACAUGAAAACUGUGACGGUGUGCACUAAACAAGGUGUUGUACGCGGAAUAGAAUCAAAAAAUUAUAAAGAUGGAAUAUUUUAUAGUUUUUAUGGGAUACCAUACGCAAAACCACCGUUAGGAGAAUUAAGAUUUAAGGCUCCUCAACCACCAAUACCUUGGAAACAUGAAUUCGAUGCAACAUUUGAAAAAGAUUGUUGUAUAGCUCCGAAUUUAUACACGGGACAAAUCGAAGGGGGUGAAGAUUGUUUACAUUUAAAUAUUUACACAAGAAAUGUAUCAAUAAACGAUUCGGAAUCAAUCCAAUUAAAGCCGGUUAUUGUAUUUAUACAUCCCGGUGCUUUUACAACUGGAAAUACGAAAACGGAAUUUUACGGCCCCGAUUUUUUGAUGACACAAGAUAUCGUUUUGGUUUUAAUAAGUUAUCGAUUAGGAAUAUUGGGUUGGUCUCGCUUAGAUGAUUCGAGUUUAGGAAUUCCUGGGAAUCAAGGUCUUCGUGAUGUGAUAAUGGGCUUAAAAUGGGUUAAUGAAAACAUCGAGUUUUUUUGUGGUGAUCCAAAUAAUGUAACUAUUUUCGGCGAUAGCGCUGGUGCAGUUAUUGCGCAUAACGUUGUUUUACUUGCACAGUGCAAAAAUCUUGUUCAUAAAAUAAUUAUUCAUAGUGGUUCGGCAUUAUGUCAUUGGGGAAUUGGAAGAAGAGAUUCGUUGAAAGAAGCAGCGAAAUAUUUGGGGUGUCCAUCUCACGUUGACAAAGAUAUUUUAGAGUUCCUUCAAAACCAACCAAUUGAAAAAUUAAUCCAAGGACAAUUACAAGCGAAAGUUGGAAUUGCAGCAAGUCUUCCAAGAUAUUUUUAUCCAGUAAUUGAAGAACCCAAUAAUAUAGAAGAACCUCUAAUAACUGAAGAUCCAAGAAAAGUUAUAAGCGAGGGAAAAUCAUUAAAAAUCCCCAUGUUAAUCGGAUAUAACUCAGAUGAAGGUUUAUUUUUUGAUUACCAAAUUAAAAAUAGAUUAAAAAAAGACAAAAAUAACUCAAUUCUACCAGAUUUUGAAACUUUAGUGCCUCAUCCAUUAGGAUUUAAACGCGGCUCCCCAGAAUCGAUAUUAAUCGCUGAAAAAACCAAACAAUUUUAUUUUAACGGAAAAUCCCCCACGAUUGAAAACCGCAAACAAUUCUACCGACUUUACCUCGAUAAUUUUUUUGGUUACGUCGUCCAAGACACCGCUCGAAGACAUUUUAAAAAUACAAAUCAACCCAUUUACUUUUUUAAAUUCGCUUUUGAUGGAAAUCUUAACAUGUACAAAAAAAUUCAAGGUAGCGACCGUCCGGGCGCUUCACACUCAGACGAUUUGUGUUAUUUGUUCAAAAUGUCUAAAAAUCCACCGAUUGAGAAAAAUAGUGUGGAAGAAAAAGUUAUGACGCAGAUGAUCAAAUUAUGGACGAAUUUCGCGAAAAAUGGAAAUCCAAAUUUCUUUCAGAAUGAUGAUCAAUUUCUGGAAUGGAAACCUAUUGAAAAAAAUAAGCUUCAUUAUUUGCAUAUUAAUGACGAUUUUACUGUUGGGGUUGAUCCUGAUAAAGAAGCUUUUGAUUUUUGGGAUUCAAUUUAUAAUAUGUCGCCGAUAUCGAAAUUGUGAUGAUAAAGAAAUGAAUAAAUUAAUGUAUUUUUUUUUAAUUAGUUAAUUAUAACAUUUAUGUUGAGUUAA